CGGUUCUUUCCCCUGACGUCACGCCAGGCUGUCACUGACUCUGGACAACCGCUUUGAAGUGCACACACUCCUGCGAGGACAUCGAGGUCAACAGCGGCGGUGUGUUUGCUACAAUAAAUAAAUACACAACAACAAGACAAAAGUGAAAGCACGAGUGCUAGCAAGGGGAAGUGUUUUUGUUUUGUACAGAGGGAAGAAAGACGCUAGCUAGUGCGCGCCUGCCAACGUCGUGUCAAUUAGUUGAUUAGGUAGGUUACAAGGAAGUCAAAGUGUGGAGAAGAAACGCAGGCGAAAACGAAAGUGUUCCGUUGUCUUGAAUUAUUCCAAGCAGGUGAUUCAGUGAUGGACUUCGUUGCUGGCUGCAUUGGAGCUGCCGUCGGCUACCCUGAGACACUGCGCGUCAAGACACCCGUGGAGACACCCUUCCGACUAUCAGGUGCUGCUGGAGUCUUAGUUGGUCACCCUUUUGACACUGUAAAGGUCAGACUGCAAGUCCAGAAUGUCAACAAGCCUCUCUACCGCGGAACCUUUCACUGCUUCCAGUCUAUCAUACACCAGGAGUCGAUGUUUGGUUUAUACAAAGGCAUCGGCUCACCAAUGAUGGGUCUCACCUUCAUCAACGCCAUCGUGUUCGGCGUCCAGGGGAAUGUCAUGCGUCUAUUGGGCCAGGACACACCCGCCAACCAAUUUAUGGCGGGUGCAGCUGCAGGCGCCAUCCAGUGCAUCAUCUGCUGCCCCAUGGAGUUGGCUAAGACGCGCAUGCAGAUGCAAGGCACGGGCGAGAUGAAGUCAUCCAAAAAGACAUACAAGAACUCUCUGGACUGCUUGGCUCGCAUCUACAAGCGAGAGGGCUUGUGGGGAAUCAACAGGGGCAUGGUGACUACGUUCAUCCGCGAGACGCCCGCCUUUGGCUUCUACUUCCUGGCAUACGACGUGUUGACGCGCUACCUGGGAUGUGAACCCGAGGACCGCUACAUGAUCCCCAAGUUGCUGUUUGCCGGCGGCAUGGCGGGCAUCGCUUCAUGGCUCUCCACCUAUCCUGUGGACGUUAUCAAGUCGCGUCUCCAGGCGGACGGCGUGGGCGGUGUCAACCGGUACAGUAGCAUUGCGGACUGCGUGCGACAGAGCGUGCGCAUGGAGGGCUACAUGGUGUUUACGCGGGGGCUUACCUCCACGCUGCUGCGGGCCUUUCCCGUCAAUGCCGCCACUUUCGCCACUGUCACACUCGUCCUCAUGUACGCGCGCGGCCCUCAGUCGGCGCCCGAGGACUGCGAGGCGCCUCAGACCCAGCGCUCCAGUCUGUAACGGACAGGGGGGGGUAAUGUCGCCUGCCGCGCCUUCCACUACACGGCACUUUAUCGCAGCGAGGUAGGAAGUCAAAACACUUUAUUAUAAAGCAACAAUGGCUGCUUUUGAACCAAGACGUUUAUAUUUCAAAGCAAUAAUUUACCUGUCAGGUGCAGCAAGACAUUCACUUCCUGGAAGCUUCCAGUGCAGCUCAUACCUACGUUGCAUAUGUCCUACAAUAUACUGCACUUAUUUUCGUGUACAUACAGUAUAUAGAAUUGUCAUACAUAUUUUUUUGUGUGAACCAACUUUUUACCUGCCUUACCGUAUUUGACGCAGUGUGUAAGAACAGAGCACCUUGCUGAAGAGCGGCGAGUAAACGUAUGAAUUGAACAUACUUAUCAAAUAUAUCAAAACUUUUGAAUCAUGCAUAUCAAACUAACUGUAUCAUGAAGUAUUUGAUUGACAAUUUUAGCCUCAAACUUAUUUUUUGUAUCCUGUAAAUUAGCGUGAAAUUAGGUGUGAACAAUACUGCUGUAUUGCUGAGGGGUUAAGGCAUAUGUCAUGUUUGUUUUGGUUAAAAGGAACUGUGGUGAGGUUCAGCUUGGGUAGAAGUGCGACCAGGUACGGUGAGAGUCACCUAGUGUAAGGUAACCCUAGAUUUUCAAAAAGCUGAAGCGUAACUAAAGACCUUCGCUCUCUAGUUAGGCGUCAACACUGUCAUUUAUAGCAGUAUUCAGUACCAAUUAUUUCAGGCAUUAGUGAUGUGGAACGUGCAGUAGGUAACUUUGUUUGGCAUUUGUAUUCAAACCAUCAGUUCCAAUGAGUGCAUUCACAUGUGUCAUGUUUGGUUUGAUUGAAAGGACCUGUGGUGCGUUUGCUAUGCAAGUACAAUUUGUUGGACCAAGUGUGAAGGCUAUUAUCUAACCUCAACCUAGCAGACCAGGACUUUUUGAGAGAUGGCUUUCGAUCUGCUUGUAAGUAAACUCUGGCAUGGUGCGGAUCACUUGAGAUAAAAUGUGACUGAUACACAGAUUUUUAAAGUGUUAAAAAUUGGUAUACACAGAUUUUUAAAGUGUUAAUAAUUGUGAAAAUGCGUUGGAAAUAUUGUGUCACUCCCUCAGUGUGCAUGAGUGCCUCUGCGGUUACCAAUGCAUUCUUUUUAAAGUAUAUUUUACAAGCUUUUGGUGAAUUCUACUCAGCUAAAAAUAUUAUAAAAUGAAAAUAAUUAUUUAAUCCAGCAGACUGCAUUUUGGUUUGGAAUGUAAUAAUUUUAUUUUCCGGGCUUUAGAGCGCACCAAACUGCACCCACCAAAUUUUAGAAGAAAAAAAUACUUUUACAUGUAUUAUCUGCACCGAAUUUUAAGCUGCAUAUAUACAUACCGGUGCGAAAGAUUUUGUAAAUGCUGAUUUACACACCUGAAUUGGUAGGUACCAAACGGAGCCUGUCACAUGGCAGUAAAACGGCUGAUCAAACAAAACAGGAGUCAUCGUCAUGGACCCAUACGCUGUAGAAGUUCACUCUCCAAUCAGCUAAACAGACUCAAUAAGUCCAUGGUGACAUUUUGGUGAAUGUAUUGAGGAAUUUGUGAAACUGAAAUAAUUAAAAAAAGAAUGCCAUUGUAGGUUAAUAAUACUAAUACAGACACUUGCAAACAUGUUAGCACAUUUGCUUAUUCUCCCGAAGCUAGCUUGAUUACAUUAGGAUAGCAUGUACAAAUUUGCAUGAAAACACUCCUACAGACAUCACACAUGAGACAGUUUUGUAAGUUUGAAUUGUUUUAGUUAUACUGUAAAACGUACAAACGAGAGUGAGGAAUGAAGAAUCCUUUCGAGCAGAAACGCUAUGGAUGAAUAUACUACCAGCAUGAAACAGGAAGAAUAUUGUCAACCUGCAGCACCUGCAGUGAGCAAACUUGUCCAAAACAAGCACAAUAGCACACCCAAAUGACACUCCUUUUCAGUGUCUCUGUCUGUAAUAUGAAAACUAAUUUUUAAUACAAAACAUUAUGGUCGUUAGCAAAGAAAAUUCCAUAAAUUAGCCACACCGUUUUUUAGGCUACAGGGUUCAAAGCAUUGGGAAAAGGUAGUGGCUAUAGUCCGGAAAAUAUGGUAUGUGUUGUAAUAAGUAGGGCGAAGUAACAGAUUUGGUACUUUUAUGGGUACCGGCCUAAUUCUGUUGGUACUAUUGGGACCCGAUGCAGGUGAACGACAAAUGGUGACAUAUUUCGAUAGCAUUGUUGCAUGUGAUGUCAUGUUUGAUUGCGUACUCGCACAGACUGAAAAAUUGGCAAACACACAAGCGUAUUCGUAGUGGGCUGGCUCUAAAGUUGUAAUUUUUCAUGUCAACAAAUGGCUUUUUUUGAGUGACGGAGGAUAGCCGAUUCGCAAUAACAUAUGUUCGUUUGCAAGCCAUUCGUACUGGCGCAUCUCAAAAAAUGUGAAUAUUUUGCAGAAAUGUUUUGAUGUCAGAAGUUCAAAUAAGACAAAUACAACAACUAAAGAAAGACUCAGGAAGUAUUUUCUUUUUUUCACCAUGAGUCAACUAGAUAAAUGGAUUUAAAUAGUUUGCGAUAAUCUAAUAAACUUUUUGACAAUUUUUUAUAUUUUAUCAGAAACUGUACUGAAUUUGAUUGUUUUAUUAGUUGUAAACUAUUAUCACAAUUAUUGAGAUAAACAUAAUUGAAAUGUUUGCACAGUGAUGGUCACUUUGGUUUGCCACUUGUCAGAAGAGGUGAUUGUGUAUCCGGCAGCUAAACAAGUUGACUUCUAAAGUUUUUACUUUACGUUCUUCACUGAACAGUCUUCAGUCACAUGACAAGUACAAAACCACAAGUGUGAUCGUAGCCUACGUAUUUUGUUGUUGUGCUUGUGUCCAUAGGUUAAGAUUGUUCACAUCUGAUGAAUGUAUUGUAUUUAUGCUUUAAUUAAAGACUUUAUGAACCUAAUCUGGAUGAAGUCUUUUUAAAUCAUUUGAAUUUUUUUAAAAUUACUAAAUUACGCUGAAAAAUGGUCUCAUUUAUGCUGAGCUUUAGUCAAACCUCAACUUCGGAAUGAGGCUGUCAUGAAAUGGUGCGCAUUAAAACUUAUUUUGUUGAGAUAGUGGUUCGUUUGACAUGCACUAAAAACCAAAACAUGCUGAAUGCAAUAUGCUGUAUAUGUAAUUUUGAUUGUUUUGCUUUGUGACUAUGAGACUCUUGAAUUUAUACAAUGUGAGUAUUAGGAAUCUAGUGGCAGAAUAUUUUCUCCCCAAAAAACUACAUAUGACAAGUACAACAAUUUAAAAAAGUAAUUCAUUACGAGAAGUAAGUACUGAAGUUGUAAUAUUUUUAGGAAAAAGUCAGAAUCAUAAUUUUAAGAAGUAAAAAAACAUAGUUGGUAAGACCAAAGUGUAAAUGUACGAGAAUAAAAUAUAUAUUAGAUCGUUGUACAGUGAAUGCAGCCAAAAACCUUAUGCGGAAAAAGUCCCAAUUAUACAAGUAAUCAGUGUGAUGUCUUAAGUAAAAUUUUAAGUAUACCAAAGUCAUAAUUUUAGAAGCAAAACUUAUUUAAAAUUGUAAGUAAACAAGGCAACACAGUGUAAGAGGGGUUAGUGCAUCUGCCUCACAAUACGAAGGUCCUGGGUUCGAUCCUGCGCUCGGGAUCUUUCUGUGUGGAGUUUGCAUGUUCUCCCCGUGACUGCGGGGGUUCCAGGUACUCCGGCUUUCUCCCACCUCCAAAGACAUGCACCUGGGAUAGGUUGAUUGGCAACACUAAAUUGGUCCAGUGCCCCCCGCUACCCUGAAGGGAAUAAGCGGUAGAAGAUGGAUGGAUGAUGGAUGUAAGUAAAUAGGACUAAAGUGUAAUGUUACAAGAAAGAAGUUGUAACUGUAUGUCAACAUAUUUGGAGCAAUUUUCAGGCUAACUAUAAUGAAAGCAAGACUGACAAGACAAAAGUUAUUUUAUCUGCAGGAAGUUGAAAUACGAGCAAAAGUCGUAAUAAAAGAAAAAAGUUUUAACAUUGUGAGACUAUGAAAAGGGAAGUUUUCUUUCUUUGACCUAUAAAUGUUAUAAUAUCAAAUACUUGUGUUAAACGAUGUCAAAGUGUCAAAUAAUACGGUUUAUGUAUUUGCAAGCCAUGCAAAGACAUGCAAGACAUGCACCUGGGGAUAGGUUGAUUGGCAACACUCAAUUGGCCCUAGUGUGUGAAUGUGAGUGUGAACGUUGUCUGUGUUGGCCCUGGGAUGAGGUGGCGACUUGUCCGGGGUGUACCCGCCUUCCGCCCGAAAGCAGCUGAGAUAGGCUCCAGCGACCCCGAACGGCACAAGCGGUAGAAAAUGGAUGGAUGGCAUAGGCUCCAGCGACCCCGAACGGCACAAGCGGUAGAAAAUGGAUGGAUGGCAUUUGCAAGCAGUUUGGACGGGUCUGACACAGCGCCCCCCGCGACCCCAAAAGGGAAUAAGCGGUAGAAAAUGGAUGGAUGGAUGGAUGACUUUUUUUUUUUAACUUUCUUAUAUGGGCGUGCCUCUAUACAGUGGGGCAAAAAAGUAUUUAGUCAGCCACCGAUUGUGCAAGUUCUCCCA